UUAGUUUAAUGCAAUCUUUUGACAGUCUGACAUUCUAGUCAUCUUAAUUAAUUCCGUGAAUGAUAAAGAUUGCAAAUGAUGUUCGGAGCGAACACUGCGAUAUUUUGAAUUAAUGUUUUACUUGCUAAUUGUUUCUGAUUAUUUGCGCUCGAUGAUUUAUUAUUUUGUUUUACGUUUUAUCCGAUAUAUAAAUUAACUUUUCUUAAUUUUAUCUUAAUUAUAUAAAUAUCCAAUUGCACACGCUUAUUUGUAUCGAACUUGCUUACUUGACAAGCAGUAUUUGUAAAACUAAUGAUAGGAACUUUUCACGGACAAUACUGACGCAUACUGCAUUUACGCAUAUACUGUUAUCAAUGCUAAUUUCACAUGGAAAAUGGUCUUGAUGACAUUUACGGUCUACCUACCUUACAUCUUUUGUUAUCGUUGCAUUUUGGAGUAAUAUAAUAAGUUUCCGGGUUUUUCUAUGUGAAACAAAAUAACAGGUUGUUUAGCGAAGACAUUUUAAAAAACUAGAUACGUAACUUAAAAUAUUAAUAAAGUGUCACUCUAACACGUGCACAAAUGAACCUUGUUGAAAUAAAUUGUCAAUAGACUUUACAAUUUUUCAAAGAAUGACAGUUUUGGUUUUCUUUUGCCAUUGUUGAGUUGCAUUUUCUAUAAUGAAAAAAAAAAUGAAAAUAAUACACACAUAUUGUACUAUAUUCUUAAAAACUAGAAUAUCUUACAAGCAAUUAAUUGUUCUAAUUUAGUCAUAAGUAAUUUAUUCAUAAGUAAAAAUAAUUAAGACACAGUUAAGAUAGUUAAAAUAUAUCAAUUAUUAGAAGUUAGUUUUACAUAGAAAAAACAAGAGAAAAAGGCUUGCUAAAAUGUAAUGAAUAUUUAAUAUACAGAAAUCCGAUUUUGGGAGAAGGGGGACGGGUAAAAUAUCUUUAUUAAUAUUAUUUAAUCAAAAUGUCUACAUGCAUGAAUUUCUGAAACAUUGUACAUGAUAAACGUUUCCCAUAUAUUUUUAUUAUAUUGUUUAUUGUAUUGAUUUAAUAAGAGUUGUCCAACUGGCAAUAGUGCGAGUAUGGUAUAAUCAUUGUCGUCCGGUAUUUUUUUCUUUGGCUGUAAAUAAGAGAAAUGUUUCAAUUGCAAACCUCUAUUAAAGUUUUAUCUACUCUUACGUUAAAGUUUACUGCAUAAGUUCUUUAUAAAUAUUUAAAUAAAUUAAAGCAAUAACAAUCUUGAAUAUUUCCAAGUAAGUCAACAAUUUAAUGUUAUAAUUGGUAAUGAAAAAUUAGAUGAUAAUUUAAGAUUUUUCGUAAAAUUUCUUUCCAGAUUGGUAACACUGAUAUAUUUUACUGUUUGUUCUCAGUUUUUUAUUGUGUCGAGCAGUGUAACACUGUGUCAUACAGUGUCACAGUUGAAAUAUUUUUGUUAGACACUGCGUUAUUUCUGUAAUUUGUUGAAAAACAUCUUAAAUCAGAUUUUGACACAUGAUUAUUGAAUCAUGAAUUAUCCAAAUAUCUUCGUACACUUUGCUACCGAAAAUUUUUAAUAAGCAUAAGUUGUUUAAAUUGUACAAAUUCAUUUACAAAGUUUGCAAGUCAUUUUGCUCAUUGUUAAAUAAUAUUCCACUCAGAGUUACCAACAUUAUACAAACGAUGUAUAAAGAAUUGUUUGAGUAAUGGUCUGACUCUGUUUGCAUAGUGAGCAAAUAUAGACGAAGAAUGCAAAUGCAUAAUUUAUUCCGGACUUGCGGAAUCGAUGUGCGUGUCAGUCGAUCGUGUUUACUUAGAAAGUAACUUUGUUACAUCGGCAUUCGAAUUAUUAUGCACGUAGAAGUGCAGUCACGCGAUUCUUUGCGCCAUGUUCGAAUCAGUCGAUUCUCAAAAUUGAUACUUUUGAUCUACACAAUUGUACAAUUAUUAUUUGCAACACGAGCUUUAAUUUUGCAGAAAAAGUUUUUGCCGAUCUAAUUAAGUUGUAAUUAGGCACGCGAUCUGCACGCGUAUAAAAUUUUAUUGACUAACGGUCAAGCAAUUGUCAUGCGCGACAUGAAUAACUACUAUUACAUGCUUACUGAGUUUUUAUCUGACAUUUGAACUAAAAUGCAGUGUGGAUGCAACCGCAAAAUACAUCAGAUCCGGAAUUGUGUAUCGUGUCUGGCCUAGCUUCAUCGAGCUGACUUGAUUUAAAAUUAGGAUUUCUGCUGUUGAUCGUUGCUGAUCGUUGAUUUCAUCUACGCGAUUUGAUCGUACAAGGGAAAAUGUUUUGCAAGCUCGAUCUUUAUUCUAUCUUAGGUUUAAUCGUUCUCAUAUGGGCGUUAUUUGAUCUCGCGUGCGGUCAACUGAUCAGGCCGGUUUACGUGUACGAAGGCUUGAUUAAACAUAUACAUGACUACUUUAAUAACACAUGCAUCCUACUUCUGCAUAAUCCUAAUAAAACAGGACUGGAAAGCGAUCAAAUGCUGAUUCUUCACAAAUAUCUGAGCAUGACUCAUUUUAUACGCACUGCUUAUAUGGAUGUUCCGUUGUUCAACACACGAGUUGGAAACGAUUUUUAUCGCAUCAAGAGACCUUUGUUCGUCAUACUAAACGACGAUGAAGAUUUGAGAAAUGAUUUUGCACGUCAAAUUUCAACGUGGCUGGCGAUGGCUUAUCCCACUUGGCUGGUAUUUUUCGGUAACGAGACCAAACUCGCAGAUUUUUUCUUAGAGAUUUAUGUACCGUUUGACUGUAAGUUUAUGGUGGCUCAGAGUAGCGCCAAUGUAAUCGGAAGAGAGAUCAUCACUGAAGUUUAUCAAGUUGACAAAGGAAAAGAACUGCGAUCAAUGCAGUUCGGCGUAUGGGAUUUAAGGGAUGGUCUGAAAGGUCCUAAACGUGGUUUAUUUUCAAGAAGAAAUAAUCUUUUUGGCCAAAAUAUACGUGUUACGUCGGUUCACGAUCCUCCUAUCAGUCUGCUUCAUCAUAAUGAACAGAAUGAGAUAAUAAGAAUAAGUGGCUUUUUUGGGGAUGUGAUACUGCUUUUGCAGGAAGCAAUAAAUUGCACAUUCACCUACAAGGAGGCCAAAACGUGGGGAUCGUGUCUACCAGACGGUUCGUGUACAGGUGCUGUCGGGAUGUUGAUUAAUAACGAUGUCGACUUUGCGGCGACGGAGUUUAUGAUGACCUCGGAUAGAUUAGAUGCUAUCAGUUUUACAACGCCUAUUUACACAACCAAAUGUCGUGCGUAUAUUAAAAGGCCUGCGACGUCCGAUCUAAAAUGGAAUGCUUACACAGCACCGUUCUCCGCGGACAUCUGGGGCGCCAUCGUUUUAUUCAUCAUACUUUUCAGUGGAUCAAUUGUGUUCAUUCAGAGACUAUUUGCAUUUUUGUCCCCGUAUCUUCCAGAUGACGAACAUUCAAGAUUUACAGAAAUCUUAUUUUUUAUUGUAGGAGCGUUUUGUAGUCAAGGUAUGAAACAAUCGACGUUGGAUCCCAUAAGAAUGGUACAGUUGAUAAUUCAUCUAGCGGCAGUUGUGAUCUUAGCGGCGUAUUCCGCUGCCUUGAUUAGUUACCUUGCCGUUAAAACUUUUGUUAUGCCCUUUACGACUAUGGACGGUCUUUUGAAAGAUGGAACUUAUCGUUUCGGCGUGGUCGGUGACUCAUCCGACUUUACUUUUUUCCAGAAUACAUCGGAUAAAACAUUGAGAGUGCUGUUCGAUGAGGUAUUAAUGAAAGAAACUGGUUUGCCGAGUAAUUAUCUGGACGGUUUAGAGCGCGUUUGUAAGGAGGACAAAUAUGCCUUUAUGACACUAGAUAACAUGGCAGCAUUGCUGCAGCAGAAGGUAGACUGCAAGUUGGAGAAAUUGGAUGCCAUCAGUCAGACCACCAUAGCGAUGGCUCUACAACCAAAUAGCCCGUACCGUGGUAUCAUUAAUGCAAAUAUUCUUCAAUUAAGGGACAAUGGAAUUUUGCAGCGUUUGUUGGAGACACAAUGGUCGGUCCAGCUAAGCAGAGAGAAUGCAAAAUCAUCGUGGAAAUCGGUGGAGAUCGGCGACAUAGUGCCAUUGCUACUUUUUAUAGUCGCUAUAUUAUUUAUUAGCUUUUUCAUUUGCGCUAUAGAACGCGUUAUCUUCAAGAAUUUUCCCAAUCACCGAAUGAAGCAAGAAGUAAAUAAGCCACAGCAACCGAAGAUAAAUAUGAUAUUACGUCGCUAAGACGUUACAUUUUAACUUCGGAAUAGUCACUUUAUUUUUUUUAUAAACAAUUACCUGGGAUGUUUUUUACAUCCCAGUAAAAGUUAUUAAAGUUAUUAUUGUUAUUAACUAUA